AUGGCACUAAAAGGCACGCGCGCUGCUGACCACGCUGGGUCCUGGUAUACGUCCGAUGAAGGCGAACUUUCAGACGAGCUGGAUAGGUGGCUUGACAGUGUUCCGGCGUCCAUCAAUGGACAAGCCCUCCCCAUUCCUGGCGCCAGGGCAGUCAUUGCUCCACACGCUGGUUAUCAGUAUUCUGGCCCAUGUGCUGCCUGGGCGUACAAGUCGCUUGAUCUUCGACAUGCGAAGCGCGUUUUUGUUCUCGGACCCAGCCAUACAUUCUACUUGCGCGGCUGUGCUCUGACGACAUUCGAGAGGUUUGCAACGCCAUUUGGCGACUUCGAAAUCGACGCGGAUACUCUGGCCGAGCUCCGUGCAACUGGAAGAUUCAGCGACAUUCCGCGGCACAACGACGUGCGCGAGCAUAGCCUCGAGAUGCACCUCCCAUAUAUCUGGAAGGUUCUUGAAAGGACCAUAGGCCACAACCAUGCAUGGCCCACCCUCGUUCCGAUUAUGGUUGGCGAUGGUGACGGUGCCGCAGAGAAAGACUACGGCGAGAUGUUGCUACCUUACUUGGAAGACCCGAAGAAUGCGUUUAUUGUCAGUUCCGAUUUCUGCCACUGGGGCCGAAACUUUCAAUUCUGGCAAUACUGCCCCGGAGCCGAUUUUACCCAAAUCCGCACGCUCUCGCCUCGAGGUGGGUCACGCCCUGGGCCUUCGGAACCGCCUAUCCACGAAUUUAUCCGUACGCUCGAUGAGGCUGCGUUUAAUAUUAUUGAAACCGGAGUGCAAGCAGACUUCGUCAGGUAUCUUCGCCUGACAGACAACACCAUUUGCGGGCGGCACCCCAUAAGCGUGAUCAUGGCGGCAUUGGAGUUGCUCGCUAGAAAGACGACAACCAUAGCGGCUGCUGGAGGGAAAGGGCAGAAGAAGUUUGCUUUUGUGAAAUACGACCGAAGCGAACUCGCCUCCUCCACCUCGGACUCGAGCGUGAGUUACGCCUCUGCGUAUGCUGUAUUUUGA